AUGGCUUGGGCAUCCUCCUUUUCUCGUCCGACCAAAUCGGACGCCAUCCCACCCCCAUACUACCUCCUCCAACAAUUUCAAAAUGAUCCCGAAGAGCCAUACUGCAAAGGCUGCGGCAAGCUCAUCGAGCCUAAGCGCUCCUUUGGCACCAUUGGCACCUCCGUUUCGAAUGCUGCCGGCCAGAAGCAGGCAGCAGGCAAAAGUAAGGGACCAAAGCGAGGCGGUAGAGACCAAGAGAGAGAAGACGCCGAGACCACGGCGGAAGCGGACCAACAGCAGCAGAAAGACGCCCCCAAGUUUUGCACUCCGAGAUGUCGUAGCGAGUCCCAUCACAAGAGGCGAGAUGUAAAGGAGCAGGAAAAGCAAAUUGGGGAGACAUAUGUGAAGCUGCUCAACGGAGAAAAGGUAGAGGGCAUGGAGCAGGUUGCGGAUGACCAAGCAGAUGGAAAGAAGAAGGGAAAGAAUGGUUCAACCAAGCCAAAGAAGGGAGAGAGCAGGGUGGUCACGUUAGAGGAGGUGGAGGCAAUUGUCUUUGGGAGGGAGAAUGAUCCAGAGAAGGUGUAUGGCAGGAAGAAGAACCGGAGGUCGAGGGUGCUGACCAGCCUGGGCACCACCGACGAAGACACUGCAGAUGAAGAGUCUCAGUCAACUUCAACAGAGGCGGCACGCCCAUCGAGUAGGGACUCGGCCAUCGGAGGAAUAAACCUUGACACCCUGCGGCUGGACGACAAAGCUGUCAACGACGAAAUCGCCCCGCUACCCAAGGGCAAGUCUCAUCCGUACACCAUGGGUGGCCAUGAGGUCGCUCGUCUGUCCGUUCGCAGCGGCACGCGCAUUCGCCCUGCUCAGGAGGUCUCUGAAGUCAAUGGCAGCGUUGGUGGAGAAAAGGGCCGGGCUGAGCGGAAGGCAGAGACGGAGGAGAUGAAGGAAGAGAUCCGACAAAAGAGGAUGGAAGGAGAUAGAAAGGCGCAACAAAAGGAGAUGGUCAAGUCAGUGGCCAGGAGAGGAGUCGUAUUCGGGUUUGACGUUGAUGGCAAGAAGAAGCCGUGUGAGUGCGUUAUGCCUGGAGGAAAGGUGGUUGAGCCACACUUUGCAAAGGGUAAUUGGGGGAUUCGGUGGAGGGAGUGA